AUGUUAUCAGAACUUUCAAAUCUGGAAAGUGUUGCUCUGCGCUUCGACAAGCACUGUUCCGUUGAUCCCUGUUUUGCCGACAAGCCCCAGACAGAGCUAUACCGGCCUACUGUUUUGAAAUGGCUCUUUGCGGAAUUAGUGUCUUUGCAGCGACCGUUGAAAGAACUCGCGAUCCAGAAUCAUCAGAACAUAGCUCCACCCCCGGGAAAUAUUUUGGAUCAGAUGGACAAAGUGCUGAGCACGCUGACGUCUCUAAGACUCCAUAUGGUACAUGAAACAGAUGAUGCCUCUCCCGAUACUGAGAUAUCUAAAUACGAGCCACAUCAGUUUUUCACAUACACACUGUCAGCAUACUGGCUUAAGCCCGCAAUGGGAUCGCUCCAAAAACUUUCUCUGUACUCUAGCAUGUACUGGGGCUUUUAUCCCCAUGUUAAACUGGACGGAAUUCACUUCCCUAAUUUGAAGUCGCUCACUCUUGGCAAUUUCUCUUUUUACGAAGACAAACAGCUGGACUGGAUCACCUCUCACUCCACACUACAGGAGCUUUAUCUCAACAACUGCCCUAUCCUGUUUCAUGUCGUAAUGAAUGACAGCGAACAGGAGCUCUCCCACUGCCCCAAAGAUAAAUCCGGCCUGCAACGCAACGGGGACUGGAAGCUUGAACAUCAUUAUCCACAUCGGUGGUAUGACUAUUUCGUCGCGAUUGAGAAAAGCCUUCCGCAUCUCCAUCACUUUAGAUUUGGGAUCAAUCCGGAGUGGGAUAAAUUUGUGUUGCCAUUUGAAAGGGAAAUGGAUAUUGUGCCGGCCUUCAAGAAAGACCGAUAUAUGGGAUUCCAUGGCGGCAUCGGCGAUUUGGGCCCGGAAUAUCUGCGCCCAACUUGCGACGAAGAAGAUAGGAAGGCAUUGAUGGCAUUGUAUCGGAAGAUUGGGCAGCAAAUAGACUGUGGAACGUUCAGUUUAGGCGGCUAUACGGUGGAAAAUCUGAUACAAACGAAGGACAUUUCGGGAUAUUGA